CAGUCUCUGCUCGGCGUUCUAGCGGCCAGGAACUAUCUGCGAUCCGUGCUGCGGGCAAUGCAUCCCCGUUGCCAUGAGGCCAAUCUAUCAGCAGGAGCCGCCGCUCUUCUACCAGCGGCCAGCUAAUCUCCGCCGCCUACGUCAUCCGCCGGGCACCGUCUACGGACGCAGUUACUCGCUCGAGGACCAGCCAGAGGACGUGAUACCCGUGUAUCCAAAGUUUAUCUACGCCCCACAACAGCAGCAACAGCAACAACGGGCCCCAUAUCCGCUGUAUCAACUGGGCGACUCGCUGAGCUCGCUGGACAGCGAUUUUCCCGAGAAUGAGUACGCGGGUGCCUACAUAGUGGAGGAUCGAGUUCCGCUGGCCAACGCACCUACUCCCAAAGUUGUCCAGAACCUCAAUGCGUUGGGUCGAAUGCUGGAGCUGCUGCAGCGCUGUCCUCUGCCAUGCCUCUCCUUCAACACGGCCUGCAUCUGCUCACUGAUUGUCAUAUUCCUUGCGCCUCGCACUUGUGCCCAGAGUUUACUGUUUCCCGCUUUCAGAUUGUUCUGCGGCACCCUGUACCCGGCAUAUGCCUCAUACAAGGCCGUCAGGACCAAGGAUGUCAAGGAAUAUGUUAAAUGGAUGAUGUACUGGAUUGUCUUUGCAUUUUUCACCUGCAUAGAAACAUUCACGGACAUAUUUAUCUCCUGGCUACCGUUCUACUACGAGGUGAAGGUGGCCCUGGUGUUCUGGCUCCUCUCGCCGGCCACAAAGGGCAGUUCGACUUUGUAUCGCAAAUUCGUGCAUCCUAUGUUGACGCGCCACGAACAGGAGAUCGACGAGUACGUGAAUCAGGCCAAAGAGCGCGGCUAUUCGGCGGUCCUGCAGCUGGGCUCCAAGGGAGUAAACUAUGCCACCAAUGUCCUCAUGCAGACGGCCAUCAAGGGAGGCGGCAAUCUGGUGCAGACGAUCAAGCGGAGCUACAGCCUCAGCGAUCUUAGCGAACCGGAUAUGCAUCGCACGCAGGACGAGCUGGACGACGUGAUGAUGUCCUCGAUGACAUCGUCGGCGGUGGUCAUGCGUUCCACAGCCACUGGCGCACGUCUACUGAGGCCAAGAAAUCAGACGCCCGUGGGCAGAUCCGGCAGCGGAACACGCCACUCCACGGGCAUGUAUUUUACGGAGGUGGAUGUGACCGCCAAGAAUGCCGGCGAUUUCAACUACAACAUUCGCAGCCAGGAUGACAUCAGCUCUGGCUACUCGAGCGCCGAACCUGUGAGUGGUCUCAGUCGCACCUCCUCCAUGACAAACGCUUCCAAGGCUCGAGCCAAGUCCAAACGCAAUGAGUUGCUGGAAGAGAUGAGAGACGAGGUCUACUUAGACAACCAGCUGUAUUUUCAAGGUGUGCAAAGGAAGAGCUCAGUUCCAGAAGCUGAAGAACUGAAAAUAGUGGAGAGUUCUGAAAGCAUCCAAUCUCAGGAGUUGGAAAAGGUGCUGAAGGAGGAGAACAUUGAUGCAGAAGAUGAGGCCUUUUUUGAAACCUUGCCUUUGAUAGAGGAGCACAUAAAUGAAGUGGUGGCUAACUAUGGAAGGGAUGAAAAGUUGUUGCCCCAAGAGCGGAAGCAUAAUUCGAUAGAAGAGGAGCAGUUUGAAGAUGCAUUGUUUGAGGAACCACAGAAAUGUGUCUCAGAUGAAGUGGAUGCUAAAAAUAUUGAGGAGAUACUAACGGAUAGAAGUCAAAACCAGACUCCGAAUGGAUCUGCUGAAACUACUGAUUCAGGAACACCUUCCCAAAACAAGCCCUAUGUCCAUCCACCGAUAGACCCAUUUUUGCUGGUUCUAAGCGCUUCUGCAUCUGCUCCGGAUCCCUUUAUGCCCGAACGGCCGCGUCCAAUGUCGCCGCGUGAAAUGCGCGAGACUCUGGAGGAGAUUAAGCACAGUUUCCGUGCCCAACUGGAAGCAGAGCCCUCCGUAUCAGCCUCACCAUCACCCUCCUUGCGGCCCAAGGCCAACCAUGGCAAGGGACGAGCUCCACCACCGCCCUUGCCACCCAAGAAGCACUCAUUGAGUCCCCAACCGGACGCCAUCAGCCAGACAUCGACGGGCAGCGUGGAACGCAAGUCAGGUAUCGGACAACUGUUCAAGAAUAUCAAAGCUAAUGUGCUGCGUAACAAAGCUAAUCCCAGCCAGCAGCAGCCCGAGGAUGAGCAGCUGGCGGCCAAAGAGACACAGAUUUGAAGACAAAUCCAUGUCUGCUAGCUGCACCACCUUGCCCCGCUCGAGCAGCCGGAAAUCGGAGAGAUCCCAGGGUGGAACUGCCACUGGCCAGAUGAAAACGCGCAACAAGUCGGAGAAGUAGUGGAGCAUCGGUUUAAGGCUGCCCAUCUUUGUCAGUAUGUUGAUUUAGAUGGUGACGGUGGGCAGACAGUGGAAUCCAUAGAACCAGAACCUCAUGUUUUAGUUUAAAUUGUAACUUUAUACGGAUAUCGAUACAGAUUAUGAUAAUAUUAGCUAUAUAUGCGCAUGCACUGUGUACUUUGUUUGUGAUUCUAUUAGAGCUCCGGGCGCAGUUCGUCCUGGUUGCCACUGGUACUCAUUUCGUGACUAGUUUAGCGUUAAGCGAGUCUCCUAGCCUCUAUCCAAAGGUUCUGCAACAGAUGUACUAACCAAAAAUGAAACCCGAAGAAACCUAUCAAUUGUGUAGCAUAAAUUCCUAAUAUUGUAAUUGAACAUUAAAUAAAAGAAUCUAUACCAUUGAUCCAUUGAACU